AUGGAUAAUUUCAGCAGUGAUGAAAAUGAACAAGCAAGACCAUCAGGACCGUCUCCAAUUAAAAGAAAUAAAUGUGGAAAAGUGAGUACAUAUUAUAAUUUAUAUAAAUAUACAAAAUGUAAAUAUCAAUUUUUUAACCUUCAGACUGGCGAGUAUUCUGAAUCUCUUUUGUACAUUUAUUUCAUUUUUAGCCAUCAAUAUUUCAAUCCUUAUUUAUUUUAUUUAUUACGUAAUUUUUUUUUCAAAUUUUUACAUCAAAAUAUAUUAUAAGCACAAAGUAUUUUUAUUUCAGAUAAUCAGUACAGGUGAAAGACAAAGAAUUGUAUACUCUUAUAAAACAAUUUUGUUGUUAGACCCUAAUAAGUCUGUAAGACAGAUUAGGAAAAUCAUUUCGGACCAAAUAGGUGUUGAGGAACGGACAAUUCAAAAAAUAAUUACGGAGUAUAAUAAUACGAAGUCGGUGGCUGCUCGAAUUCCAAAACGUUCGAGACAGUCUUACAUCGAUCGGUUUGGUAAAUUUGAAAGAAAUGCUGUUCGUAGUCACGUCCACCAAAUUUGGUUUCGACGCGAAAUUCCUACAAUGGACAAAAUCCACCAAAUUGUAUCCUCUGACAAGAGUUGGCAA